CCUGCGAACCAGCAUCACUUCUUGCAAUAUCCACUAGAAGUACAUCAAUAUUAUCAACAUGAAGACACUGUUUCUGUCCUUGCUGGUGGCUGUGGCUGCGGCUGAGAGACCGUCCCUCUCCUACGACGCCCCUGCACCACACACAUCCUCGCCCGUCCAGCAGAUCCCCAUCAUCCGCGACGAGCGAGUCCAUCCUGCCGCUGACGGCACCUACAGCUUUGACGUGGAGACUGGGGAUGGCAUCGUCAGGCACGAGUCUGGCGGUCCAGGUGGCGCCCAGCAGGGAACCGUAAGCUUCACCUUCCCAGAUGGCCAAGUCUUCGACCUUCAGUUCGUGGCCGAUCUUAACGGUUACCAACCUCAGUCGUCCUUCCUGCCCGUCGCCCCUGCAUUCCCCCACCCAAUCCCCGCCCACGCCCUCGAGCAGAUCGAACGUGGUCGACUUGAACUCGAAGCUCGCGCCCGCGAAGAGCAGCGUCAGUCAUCAAGCCAAGGACAAGCUGCACCAGCUCGCCACUAUGGCCAACCUCAGUAAUGUUUUCCCACUGAACCUGAAAUGUUCUAGUUUGUUAUCCUACCCCCAAUUUUUUUUUUUUUUUUUUUUUUGACCCACUAUAUGAACGCUAUGUAACGUUUUGCUAUGCACUGAGUGUUUUAUAUUAUAAAUAAAUGUAAAUCAAACUUC